UAAUGAGACGUUCACAUGGAGGGCGCACGAAAGUUACCUUUGUAACAAGUUAACAAGGGCGGGAUCGUGUCUCCUUUAUUUUGCUUCUCGGCGGAAUGGGGCGUGUCAGAGAGAUCUUCUUCAGUUGAUCAAAACGGUUCUCCUCCCGAUGGCGGAAUACGGGGCGCCUCUCCUGGACGGAGCGCCACCGACUGUCAUCAACCGGAUCGAAAAGCCUAUCCACAUGGCCCUUCGGGCGGCUCUUGGGGUACCACUCACUACUUCGCUGCCAGCGUUGUAUACGGAAGCGGGCUACAUCGGGUUAAAAGCAAGGCUUUACUUAAGGACGAUCAAACAUACAGUGACGCACAUAUCGAGGGGCCGAUUUAGCUCGCUCUAUCGUAUUUAUUCGAAACGGCAUGGUCUGGAUCACUAUAGAUGGCGGAGAUACCAGGAACCAUACGUGAUCAGGGCGGUCUCUCAUUUACGGAACCUAGGGAUAGCGAUUACGAACAUAUAUCGACAACAGAAUCUGCCGCCGACUGUCGAGCAGAUGGGCUCGCGGAUAAACAUUGAUGUGUUCAGGACUGGGAGUAUUCGUCUACCUGGCGAGGACAGGGUGGCGUUCGACGAGUGGGUGCACAGAUACCGAGAUGGGUGGUUUUUAAUCGGGACAGAUGGGUCGAAGUCACCCAAUCGGACGUCGAUGGGCGUCUUCAUAUUGGAGGGGCGGAAGAGUGAGAUGUGGGAACUGGAUGUUCAGUGUGGGGUAUUCGGGGCAGAGGCUGCUGGGAUUUUGCGGGGGAUGGCUCUGUGUUUCCAAAAUCCUUGUCCGACCAUUCUAAGUACGGACAGUUGUUCGGUGCUCGAGGUAUUGACUAACGUGGGGUACACUUCGGAAGCGAUCAUCAUUGAUAUUGCGGCGGCUGUGUUGUCUUUCCCUCAGCCUAUUGAGUUGUUAUGGACUCCGGGGCACGUUGGUAUUGCCCUUAACGAGGACGCGGAUAAGGCAGCGAAGGGAGUGUGUUUAACAGGUUCCUGGAGGGGCCCGCUGUUGCCUAAAGACAUUCAUCGGUUAGUAUGGCAGGACACUCGUAAUUUGUUACGGGACCACUGGGCUUCGGUCCAUAGGAACAGGGGUAGGGAGUAUCUCCAUCCUUUUGACCCGUGGUCUUAUCACCACGCUUCAUCGCGGCGGGAGGAAACACUGCUGGCGAAACUACGGACUGGUACGGCCCCACUCAACUACUUUCUUUAUUCGCGUGGUAUCGUCUCGUCCCCAAACUGUUUGUUCUGUGGGGAGGCAGAAACUACUGAUCACUUCUGGCUCAGGUGUCCCGAGUAUACUACAAGUCGUACGGACCUACUGAAACACUUAAGACUGAACUUACAGACUGUGCGUACUUUGACUCCUCUGUAUUGGCCUCAGGCUGACAUGUCCUCGAAGUAUCAUAUACGUCUUCUAGAACAGUAUAUUCAUCGAUCGGGUCGCUUCACCUAA